AUGCAAACCCCGGAACCCCGAGAAACGACUCUACAUACACCCAACAUUCCCUCUACCUCCGUUUUGGUUCCUCCGGUCAAUGCAAGCCAGGUCGGUCUCGCCUGGAAUGAACGCUGGCACUUGGAUCUCUUCCGCAAAUUCACAGUGCACCAAUGUUCUGAAUAUUUCGAAGACACCUUUUGGUGCAGUUUUAUUCACCAAGUUCUGGAAACCCAACCCGCAGCUCGAUAUGCAGCCAUAGCAUUCAGUGCCCGACAUUGGCAAUACGAUCAGGUCGAAACAAAUCAGAUCGCUGACCGCGAAAGUAUCCUGGCUCUCCAGCAUUCGUCCAAGGCAGUUUCAUGUCUUCGAAAAAGCUUGAUUAACGACACGCCUGAUCGCGCACACAGGGAAACAGUCCUCGUCACUUGUUUGAUCUUGACCAUGUUGGCUCUAUUCCAGGAGGAUAAAUAUGCUGCUCGCUGUCAUUUCCUUUCCGGUUAUAAAUUGUUCCAGUAUUGGGAAGCUGUGGACUACGAUGUGAGCCCGAAUGGUCGGGCUCUGAAGCAGGCGUUUGUUCAGCUGCACUUGCACUAUAUGACUUCCAAUAAUCCUAGAUUAUUUGUUGAUAACCAGCGCUUAGUUUCCCCUCAAGUUACCGACAUAUCUACCAAUGUGCCUUUGAGUGGUGAUGCAAUGACAAGAGCUCAGCGCUUUGUGAGGGUCAUUGCGCGAGUGGUUAUGCAGUGUCUUCCUUAUGGUGGAUUCUGCAUCGGGCCUGCAGGCUGGGCUCUUGGCCGCGGCGCAACGACUCUUUUAUGUGUGCUUCGGAUGUGGAGAAGUCAGCUCAAGUCUUAUUCCAUGCAAGGAGGAGUUCUGUCGGGCUUUGACCAUGAUAUUCUUACUUUACUGGAAUUAUGGACCGUGGUUAUUGAUAUCAAGCUGGCUGUCUGCGAUAGCUCUGAACCCCUCGAAGUGGCAUAUGAUGAUUAUGUUGAGCAGUUUCGAAACGUGAUCGAGAUGGCAGAGUCACUGCUACAAUUACAAUCCAAUGUGGAGGCUACCUUGCCGGCAAUUAUUAUCAAAACCUCUCUUGUGCCUGCUCUGCUAUGGUGUGGAGUGAAGUGUCGCGACUCUCUAAUACGAGAUGACAUUAUUCGACUCCUAGAUCGAGCGAAAGGGCAAGAUACUGCGAUAUCUGCAAUAUUAUUGGCAUUACAGAGAGUGAUAGAAUACGAGUCAGAGGAUGUGAAGUUGGGAACCACAAUCCCGGAUACAGCUCGCGUCGGCUCAGUGCAGCUUAACAUCCAACCAGGGCAAGACCAAGUUGAUCUCUGCUAG